AAAAAAAAAGCUUUUCUUCCUUGUUGUGGGACAGAGGCGCUCGAGUCGUCUUUACUUUUAACAAUCAUUAAAUCGAACUCACAACAACUCUACCGUCGUCAUUGUUAAGAAAAGCGAACCGAGCGUGUGUUGAAAUUCAACGUGGCUGUCGCUCUUUUAUUUUGUUAGCCGCUAACUUAGCAGCCAACUCAACUUGGAAGUUCGAAUCGCUUCGAAAACGAGUGUUGACAAUUAACAAAAAAACUAACCGAUAUUCUAAAAAACACAAGUUCCUUUAACUUAUGUUUUAGCAUUAAGCUAAAUGCUAGUGCCCAGUGUCAGGAAUUCGUACUGGAGUGAAUCAGGUGUAUGAGGCUCAGCUUCGCAGUCCCGAUGUAAAAAGGCGUCAAGCUCAUGGCACCUCCCAGUUAACGCCAUGGCCCAGAUAUCGAGAGGUAAUGGCUUUAAGAUGGAUGUCCCCCAGCCUAAGGGGCUUGUGGGUAAAGAGGAAGCCCUUCGCAUGGAAGAGGAGGCUUUAGCAAAGCUUCAGAGGGACAAGAGGCACACGUUCUCCUCUUCUCCCACCGGGAAGUCCUCUCCUCCCAAGUCAACCAAGCCCAAGUCUGCCAGCGUCCCUUCCGCUUCUUCUCAACGUUUGCCCGCCGCCAAGAGACCAGAAAAGGACCUCAUUGUGUUCCCCGAGACCAAGAAGCAGCCGGAGGCCAACAAGUUCAGGGACAUCGAUGUGGACAAGCUGACCAACAAGGAGCUGGAGAAGCUCCUGCUGGAUGAAGAUUUUGGGGCCAACAGUAAAGUAACCCGCCCGUCGUCGCUGCUGGGCUUUAACCUCAGCGCUUCUUAUCCCGGAGGCAAUACGGGUAGCUCCUCCCCUUUCCAAGGUUCCCAAUGGACGCCCAUCCUGUCCACGCCGUCGAGUUCGGCCGUGUCCACGCCCACCCAUCAGCCGGCACCCUUGUUCCCUUCCGCCUCGUUCUCCAAGCCGUUUCAGAACGGCUUCCCUCCAGCCAUGUCACCCUUCAUGCCGCUGCCUGCCCAGCAGACUUCUUUCCUGGCCUUUGCUCCCAUCCAGCCUGCCACCAGCGCCGCCGCCGCCGCCAUGGUGUUCCCCCCGCCGCCUGCUGUGGACCCCGAGAUGGCAAAGCUCUUUGACAAGAUUGCCAGCACCUCGGAAUACUUGAAGAACGGCAAGUCGACCUGCACUGACUUAGAUUCGGCUCCGGCGCGCGCCGCCUCCCUGGCACCCAACCCGGCGCCCCAGCAACCGGCGGCCGCGGAAUCCACCGGCAUCGGCCGCUUCGACUGGCUGGACCUGGACCCGCUGACCAAGCGCAAACCCGACAACGAGGAAGCGGGCACGCCGCCGGUUGACCAACCCGAUGAGGCGCUGGGCGUUCCCGCCGGGGAUCCCUGGGACGCCGUUCUGGAGACUGAAGAAAAAAGUAACAAGGGGGAAGCGUCCGGGUCGGCCCGGUCGCAACAGAGGAGGGCGUCGACCGGGGCCGCCGUCACCAGGAGCCACUCGCUCAACAUCCCGGGAAGUUCCUCACAGCACAAAGCAAACUGUCAGGACAAGGGUAGAGGAAAGGGUCUACUGAAGAACGAUGCCCUGGAAACGGAAGACGCUCAGAACCUGGAGGUGGUGGCCUUCUGCAAAGAUGUUGCGAGCCUGCGCUCCAAAUUCCCUCACGGCGACACGUCCAGCAACCCCGGCUACUUCCGUAGUCCCGUGAUCGCCCAGAGGGACGUCGGAGGAGACGGCACCAGCUGCUCCGUGAAGGUGUCCAUCGAGAUCUCCGACUCUCAGCAGCCCGUGACCUUCACCUGUGACGUGAAUUCUCCAGUGGAGCUCCUGAUCAGUCAGACCCUCUGCUGGGUCCACGACGACCUGGACCAGGUGGACUUCUCCAGCUACCUCCUCAAAGUGUGCGGCCGGGAGGAAGUGCUGCAGAAUAAACACAGCCUGGGCAGCCAUGAGUACGUCCAGAACUGCAGGAAGUGGGAGAAUGAGAUCACAUUACAGCUUCUGUCUCACUCCACCAUGAGACGGGACUUGGCUCGCACUGUGGAUGAUGACAACGCAUCCAUCAACUUGGAGAGACACCUAAGCUACGUGGAGCGACCAUUCAAGGAGACCGCCACUAGACAAGGCCUCAUUGACUACCUGGAAGGUUAUCACAACCAGGUUAACAUCUGCCUACAAGAUGAGAGUACCCAGUACAAGACUGUGGACCGGGUGGUGCAGACGGUGAAAAACUUCUGCUGCGCUCUGGACGAGGUGGAGACUCAGGCUGUCGCCGAAGCCAUCAAAAGGCUGCGACACUCCGUCAAUCUGCCGAGGACGCGCUCGCCAAUGUUGGGGUCCCCAUCAUCUGGGCAGACUGCAAACGGUCACGCCAGCCCAGUGGACGAGAGCAUGGCGCUGCUCACCCAGGCCGUGUACGACUUAGCCAAGCUCUACCUGCGCUCCUUCUGCGCGCCGUCCGCCUCCUUCUGCUCGCCCUCGCUCAACGGAGACACGGCCGAGAAGGUGCAGAGCAGCAAAGAAGCCUCCGGAACCACGGACCAUCUCCAGUUCACCCUCUUUGCCCUGCACGGCAUCCCGGCCAACUGGGUCAGCAGUUACGAGAAAUACUUCCUGGUGUGUUCCCUCACCCACAACGGCAAGAACCUCUUCAAGCCGGUCCAGUCCAAGCGAGUCGGCACGUACAAGAGCUACUUCUACCAUAUCAAAUGGGACGAGAUAAUUCAUUUCCCCAUCGCCGUGGCGGUGCUUCCGCUGGAGUCCAUCUUGGGCCUGACCCUGUACGGUGUGCUCAACCAGAAUGCCGGAGGCUCCCCGGACUCCAACAAACAGAGGAAGGCCCCGGAGAUGCUGGGCAAAGUUUCCAUGCCGCUGUUUGACUUCAGACGGGUUCUCGCCAGGGGCACCCGGCUGUUGUGUUUGUGGGCGUCAUUACAGGGAGGCGUUGCUGGUUCUGCAGGCGGACGCAAAAGGAUGUCUGCGGAGAGAAUUGUGCUGCAGGUGGAUUUCCCCAACCCUGCGCUGGAUGUUUUGUAUGUGGGACCUCUGGAACCUGCCAGUUCAGAGCCAAGUCCAAAAGAGGAGCUUGAUCGCGACCUCCGACGCAAACUGGAGAAGAUCUGCAGCCGAGCGUCCAAUUUUGGGCUGAGGCGGGCAGACCACCAGCUUCUCUGGGACCACCGACUCCAUUGCCGGCGGGAUCACCCCAGCAGCUUGCCCAAGGUGUUGGCCAGUGCGCCCAGUUGGGAUUGGGCCAGCAUGGCUCACAUCCACUCCUUGCUGCACCACUGGCCCCCGCUGCCUCCCGUCACUGCGCUGGAACUGCUCGACUCCAAGUUUGCUGACACCGAGGUCAGGCGGGUGGCCGUCAGCUGGGUUGAGAAGAGUACCGAUGACGAGCUGGCGGACUACCUACCGCAGUUGGUGCAGGCUUUAAAGUUCGAGUGUCACCUCAAGAGUGCCCUCGUCAUGCUGCUGCUUUCCCGGGCGCUCGGCAACAUCAAUAUCGCGCACUACCUCUACUGGCUGCUCAAGGACGCCGUGCAGGAUGCGGCGUGGGGACGGCGUUACGAGCGCGUGCUCGGCGCCCUGCUGUGCCUGUGCGGGACCAAACUGCGGGCCGAGCUGGAGAAACAAACCCAGCUGGUCACGCUGCUCGGGGCCGUGGCCGAGAGGGUGAGACAGGCCGGCGGGUCCACGAGACAGGUGGCUCUUCUUGAGGGUCUUGAAACCGUUCAGAACUUUUUCCAGAGAAGUCGUUGCCGACUUCCCCUCUUCCCCAGUCUGGUGGCCAAGGAACUCAACAUCAAAGCCUGCUCCUUCUUCAACUCCAACGCUCUUCCUCUCAAGCUGGCUCUGGUUAAUGCUGACCCGCUAGGAGAGGAGAUCAAUGUUAUGUUCAAGGUCGGAGAAGAUCUGAGGCAGGACAUGUUGGCGCUGCAGAUGAUUCGCAUCAUGGACCGCAUCUGGCUGCAGGAAGGACUGGACCUUCGCAUUGUCAACUUCAAAUGCAUCUCCACCGGCAAGGACAAAGGCAUGGUGGAGCUGGUGCCGUCCUCCGACACUCUGAGAAAAAUCCAGGUGGAGUAUGGCGUCACGGGCUCCUUUAAGGACAAACCGUUGGCCGAGUGGCUGCGCAAGUACAACCCCGCCGAGGACGAGUAUGAGAAGGCGUCCGAGAACUUCAUCUACUCUUGUGCCGGCUGCUGCGUGGCCACCUACGUGCUGGGCAUCUGCGACCGGCACAAUGACAACAUCAUGCUGCGCUCCACGGGCCACAUGUUCCACAUCGACUUUGGCAAGUUCCUCGGUCACGCUCAGAUGUUUGGCAGCUUCAAAAGGGACCGAGCACCGUUUGUGCUGACCUCUGACAUGGCGUACGUCAUUAACGGCGGCGAGCGUCCCACCAGUCGCUUCCAGCUGUUUGUCGACCUCUGCUGCCAGGCUUACAACCUCAUUCGCAAGCACUCCAGCCUUUUCCUCAACCUGCUAUCACUGAUGACGUCAUCGGGGCUUCCAGAGCUGACCGGCUCCCAGGACCUGAAGUACGUUUAUGACGCGCUGCAGCCGCACAACACUGACGCAGAGGCCACCAUCUUCUUCACCCGACUGAUCGAGUCCAGCCUGGGCAGCGUGGCCACCAAGUUCAACUUCUUCAUCCACAACUUGGCCCAGCUCCGCUUCUCGGGUCUGCCGGCCAACGACGAGCCCAUCCUGUCCUUCUCGCCCAAGACAUACACCUUAAAGCAGGACGGCCGCAUCCUCAACGCUUCCAUCUUCUCAUUCCAGAAGAGAUACAACCCUGACAAACACUAUACGUAUGUGGUGAGGUUGCUCAGGGAAGGGCAGAACGAGCCCCAGUUUGUCUUUCGCACUUUUGAUGAGUUUCAGGAGCUCCACAACAAACUCACUAUCCUCUUCCCCCUCUGGAAGCUUCCAAGUUUCCCGAGUAAAAUGGUGCUAGGCCGCACGCACAUCAAGGAGGUGGCCGCUAAGAGGAAGCUGGAGCUGAACAACUACAUCCACAACUUGAUGAGGAGCUCAGCUGAGGUCACACAGUGCGACUUGAUCUACACCUUCUUUCAUCCGGUGGCACGGGAUGACAAGACGGAAGGUUUAGAUGCGACCCAAAGAGCUCCUGAACCCCCGUUGAGUCCAACGUCGGGCCGCGUGGAAGGCGAGAUCAAGCUGUCCGUCUCGUACAGGAACAGCAACCUCUUCAUCAUGGUCAUGCACAUCCGAGAUCUGGUGUCUGAAGAGGGGACGGAUCCAAACCCGUACGUGAAGACGUACCUGCUCCCGGAUCCACACAAGACCUCCAAGCGCAAGACCAAGAUCUCGAGAAAGACUCGGAACCCCACCUUCAAUGAAAUGCUGGUGUACAGCGGCUACAGCAAGGAGACGUUGGGCCUCCGCGAGCUGCAACUCAGCGUGCUGAGUGCCGAGUCACUCCGCGAGAACUACUUUCUGGGUGGCAUCACGCUGCGCCUCAAAGACUUUGACCUGGGCAAGGAGACGGUCAAGUGGUACAAGCUCACUGCCGUGCCCUACUUCUAAAAAAACAAAACAAUCAAUCGCCGCUUCCUUUUUUUGUCUCUCCUCCUAAUAACAAUGAGAUGUAAUGUUUUGUACAUUUUGAUAUUAGAGGACCAAAACUUUCACAAGAGUAAAUAUAAAUAUAUAGAGAGAGAUAGACACAUUUAUUUUUUAAGGACUAGAAACAAGGUUUUUUUUUUUUUUUAUAAACAUGUUCUCCUUCCUUAGGGGGCUUCACAUUUUGCUGCUUUAACCGCAAAACACUUUGGGAUGGUUUCACAAGCCGGAUUUAAGGUUAUAAACUACCGGAUUCUCCCUGAAGGUGUUAAGUUGUCGGUAUUACUUGCAGACAUUUGGGUAGUUGAACCCACCAGAUUUCAAAUAAUCAAUUACAGGACUCUUCCUGGAAAUGUCAAGUUUGCUGUUUUAUCGCAGCGUUUCAGGUCAUUUGACAAGAAAUUCACGGUAUUGCAAUAAAACAGUCCCCCCCCCCCUCAAAAUGUGCCAAAUUUAGCUAAAUACAGCAGCACGAAUUUACCACUCAAACAGGUGCCUUAGUGACGGCUCACAAUCUCUUAUAAUAACGCGGCCUUACUGCUACACUUAUUUUUAAUAACCACCUCACAAGGAAGAUGUAUUGUGGAAAUUGCUAAGUUUUUUGCAAGGUUGUUGUUUUUUUAUGGUCAAAGUGGGCGUCCACUAAUUGCACACUCGCUGGUGUUAAUGGCAAGACAGCACACUUUGGGGAGUUUGUGACUUCACUUGCAGUGCCUACAUGUCUAUUUGCAAUGUUCCGGGUUUCUCCCGUUCAGCACUUUUUACCCUCUCAUAGAAAGAAAUAAAGGGAACAAGGAAACUUACAAUAAAGAAAUUAAUAAAGUUUUCCAUGACAUGCAGGUGUGUUCAUAUAUCAUGACAAUGAUGACCAUUGGUGAAAAAAAGUGAAACUAAUGAUAAUUAAUCCCACUUUGGUUCACUCUAGUGCUGUAUAAAGAGAGCAUUUGUGUUAACACGGCCAGUUAUUUAUUAUUAAUUGGUGACUUGUACCUUCACUCCUCAAUGGCACAGUGUGUGGACUUUAAUCCCUCUUUCCUAAAGCAAAUUAAAUGUUUUUUUGGAACAAA